AUGUCGGCGACCGAGCAGAUGGCAGCGAUGUUAAACGAACUUAUGGGUCCUAAAAGGAAUGCAGAUUUUGGCGAUGACAAUGAACCAGAUUUUGACGAGCCUGAUGUCUGCAAACAUUUUCUUGUUGCAUUUUGUCCCAAUGAAAUGUUUAAAAAUACAAAAGCUGAUUUAGGCUUUUGCCCAAAGAUACAUGACCCCGCUCUAAGAACUAAAUACAAACAAAGCAGUCGUUUUGAGAAACUUGGUUAUGAGGAAGAUUUCUUAAACAAAAUCCGUCGUUUGGAUGACGAUGUUAGAAGAAAGAUUGAGAAAAACGAGAGAAGAUUGGCUGUCACUCAGCCUAUACCUAACGCGGCCUCAACUAGUAAUGGAACUGAGGGCGAGUCGGAAGCGCAUCGGCGACAGAAGGAAUUAAUUGCAGAGCAGCAAACUAGCCUUUCUGCGAAAAUAAGCGAAUGUAUGGAAAAGGCAGAAACAUUGGGGGCUCAGGGUAAAGUUGACGAAGCGAAAGAGGCAGUCCGACAGGCCGAAAAGUUCAAGCAGGAGCGAGCUGCUCUUGAUCGGCUUCUUACCCAAUCAACGAAUCCAGCGAACCACAUAGAAGAUUUGGCCAAUCAGUUAUCGAAGCCGAUGGAAGUUUGUCAGGUUUGUGGAUGUUUUAUGCUAGUAAAUGAUGUACAGCAACGAAUUGACGAUCACUAUGCCGGUAAGCAGCAUAUGGCCUAUGCAAAGAUCAGGAGUACUAUAGAAGAAAUGGAAAAGAAGAUGGAAGAAAAAAGGAGGGAACGAGCAGAACGAGAGAACAGAGAAAGAGAAAGGCGUGAGAAAGAACGGAAGGAGAGGGAUGAACGGGAUCGGAGUGACCGGAAGCGAGAUGAUAGAGACCGUGAUCGCGAUAGAGAUCGAGACCGUGACAAGGAACGAAGGCAAAAUUUUGAUCUUCGCAAAUCAAAGAGUCGGCAUCGGUCUCGGUCUCCCAGGUCCCAUCGUGAUGAUGAUCGGCACAGGUUUCGUGAUGACCGGCGGGACAGAGAUAGACGCGAUGACCGUAGUCGGCAUCGAGUAAGCUAG